UCUCUGGCCCGGACGAAAACUGGACUUGAAUGUUACAAAGUUGGCCAAAGUGGAAGUUCGCAAUGUCCGGGGGACGUCCCCUGUUUUCUGGGAAGAGAAGGAAAUUACAUAAGGAGAGAAACAGAGAAAAACUGCGACAGAUUUUGUUCCACUGAAUCGUCUGAAACAAUCAAUAAAUUCAUUGAGAAGUAUUUUGUAGGUGAUAUUCUAGUCAGUAAAGAGGAACAUCAACAGUUCUUGACAGGUGUUCAGUGGACUGUUCAGAUGAUGUCAUGGACUCCACAAAGGAUCUCAGUGGACAGACAGACACAGGGAAGGUCAAGAGUGUCAUUCAUGGAGAAUCUCCUGAAUCCAGCUGUGUGUCCAUGAAGAGUGACCGGUCAAUGGAACAACCACUUAAAUUCAGUACAGGAGCCCCUUGUGCUGAUGUGAGUGUCAUUCAUGGAGAAUCUCCUGAACCCAGCUGUGUGUCCAUGAAGAGUGACUGGUCAAUGGAUCAACCACUUAAAUUCAGUUCAGGAGAGUCUUUGAUCAACUACAGAAACAAACAGGAUGAAUCAGAUUCAACUGCUGGGAAAGUGCCAUUGGACUCCAUUUUUGAGGAACUUGAGCACAAAAUCAUCUCUCUGAUGAAGAAAGAGCUGAAGAGUAUCAAGAGACUACUGAUCUCAGAUUCCCCAGCAUGCUCUGAGAGAGAGGAGGAGGAGGAGGAUGAUGAAGGUCAGAGCAGAGUCAGAGAUGGGUUUCUGAAGAUCACACUGCACAUCCUGAAGAAGAUGAAGCAGACAGACCUCGCUAACACACUUCAAACCAAACUGAUCUCUGUGCAUCAACAAAAACUCAAAACAAAACUAAAAGAGAAAUUCCAGAGAAUUACUGAAGGAAUGUCAAAUCAAAGCAGCUCAACACUUGUGAAUGAGAUCUACACAGAGCUGUACAUCACAGAGGGAGGGAGUGCAGAGAUCAAUAAUGAACAUGAGGUGAGACAGAUUGAGACAGCAUCCAGGAGAGCACAGACACAGGAAACACCAAUCAAAUGCAAUGACAUCUUUAAAGCCUUACCUGGACAAGACAAAGCCAUCAGAACUGUGCUGACUAAAGGAGUUGCUGGAAUUGGGAAAACUGUCUCUGUGCAGAAGUUCAUUGUGGACUGGACUGAAGGAAAAGCAAAUCAGGAUGUUCACUUCAUAUUUCCACUUCCUUUCAGAGAGCUCAAUCUGAUGAAGCACAAAAAUAUCAGUCUUAUGGAUCUUCUUCAUCAGUUUUUCACAGAUACAAAAGAACUGAGAUCAACAUUCCUUGAUGACUACAAAGUCAUUUUCAUUUUUGAUGGUCUGGAUGAGUGUCGACUUCCUCUAGAUUUCCAGAACAAUGAUAUUUUGUCUGAUGUGACAGAAUCGGCCUCAGUGGAUGUGCUGCUGACCAACCUCAUCAAGGGGAAUCUGCUUCCUUCUGCUCUGCUCUGGAUCACCUCUCGACCAGCAGCAGCCAAUCAGAUUCCUCCUGAGUGUGUUGACCAGCUCACAGAUGUACGAGGCUUCAAUGACCCUCAGAAGGGCGAGUAUUUCAGGAAGAGAAUAAAAGAUGAGCGUCUGGCCAACAGAAUCAUCACACACAUGAAAUCAUCAAGAAGCCUGUACAUCAUGUGUCACAUACCAGUCUUCUGUUGGAUUUCAGCCACUGUUCUCCAGAGACUGUUGAGUGAAGCAGAGAGUGCAGAGAUCCCCAAGACUCUCACUCAAAUGUUCACACACUUCCUGAUCUUUCAGAGCAAACUGAAGAGCCAGAAGUAUGAUGGGAAAUGUGAGGUGGAUCUUCAGCAGGCUAGAAAGAGGAUUCUGUCUUUGGGAAAACUGGCUUUUCAACAGCUGGAAAAAGGGAACCUGAUCUUCUAUGAGGAGGACCUGAGAGAGUGUGGCAUUGAUGUCACAGAAGCGUCAGUGUACUUCGGGAGUUUGUACCCAAAUCUUCAGAGAGGAAAAUCAGGUCUCUUCAGUAUGUUUAAGUCAUCUAUGAUUGAUUUCCUGAAGAGUGAAGUGGACAAAUCUUUACAGAGUGAGAACGGACACCUGGACCUUUUCCUUCGAUUCCUUCUGGGCUCUCACUGA